GAUGCCGUUCGUACACUGCACACCCUCUUCUUUCCUUGAGACUCCUCCUUACAACUUCAGAUGCGCGCAGACGAUAAGCCCCGGAUUCAGGCGCACUAUUAAGGAGGAGUGCGCGAGGCUGGGAUCACCGGUAUCGAUCAAAUUUCAAGCUUUGGAGCACACACACUGCUUGAGUGCAUCCCAACCCACGACCACAGCGUUUAACAGGAGAAGUGAUUGACGGUUUUCCUCGGAGUGAACACAAAGACCUGCGUGCCGAGUGCGCUGGAUCCGCCUUUUACGCACACAGUGGCUGGAUUUCUCUGGCGACUUUACCCCCUGCAGAACUGAUUCAUGACAAGAGCAGGCGUCCAUUUAAAACUUUUUUGAGGAACCUGGCAUACCCCCUCCCCAUAAAUCCAAGGACUUCAUCUUUGGUUCAGGAAUUAUGAUUCUCCGAAAAUGCCACUUCGGGCUGGUCCUUUUGUUUCUGUGCGCCUCCGCCAUCGAUCCAGAAGAACCGGUGGAGGACGUCAGCGUGUUUGACUUAUUCGAAAGCAGUGGAAUCACACAGAGGACCAUCGGGGUGAAAUUGUUCCGAGGCCCGGACCCCGACUCCCCGGCGUAUCGCUUCAUCCGCUUCGACCAUCUUCCCUCAGUCAAACCUCAAGCUCUGGAGCAGCUCGUGCAGCAAAUUCAGAACAACGAGGGCUUCACCUUGACUGCAAGCCUGCGCCAGGACCGUGCGUCCCGCGGCACUCUGGUCUCCAUCGAAGGUCCCGGCGAGCGCCGGCAGUUCGAGUUGCUUUCCGACGGCAGAGCUAAUACACUCGAGCUGGUGUACUGGUGGGCCGACGGCUCGCGCAACGUCAUCGCGUUUGAGGAUGUCGAGCUGGUGGACUCGCAAUGGAAAAACGUCACGUUGCACGUGCACGGCGAGACGGCCACGCUGUACGUGGGCUGCAGCCUCAUCGACAGUUAUAUUCUCGACGAACCUUUCUACGAGCACCUGCGCGCCUCGGGUGGACGGAUGUACGUGGCCAAAGGAUCCAGCCGCGAGACACAUUUUAGGGGGCUGCUGCAGAAUGUGCAGUUUAUUUUCGACAUCCCUCUAGAGGACGUUCUAGAGAGCCAAGGGUGUGAGCUGGCAAAUACAGAGGAGUUGAACACAGUGAGUGAGAGUGCUGAACUGGUGGAUGUUGUCUCCUCCAUCUCCACUAACUUGAUCAGCCCAAACACAGACCCACCAACAAUGAGCCCCUCUGAAAUGAUGUGUGAGCGUUCGUGUGAGGAGUUGGCCAACCUCUUCCAAGAGCUCAAGGGCCUCCGAGUUGUUGUUAGCAACCUCAUUGAUGGAUUGCAGAAAGUGACAGAGGAGAACACUGCCAUGCGUGAGGCUCUGAAUAAGAUACAAGAUCCAGUGCAGCAGAGCAUUUGCUGGCAGGAUGGGCGACUGUUUGAGAAUAAGGAGGACUGGAUUGUGGAUAGUUGCACCAAAUGUACAUGCCAGGAUGGGAAAGUGGUGUGUCGUCAGAUCACUUGCCCACCAGUAUCCUGUGCCAAUCCAUCCUUCGUUGAUGGGGAGUGCUGUCCAGUUUGCCUUCCAAUGGACAGUGAGGAUGGCUGGUCUCCCUGGUCAGAGUGGACUCAGUGUACGGUCACCUGUGGCAGCGGUACACAACAAAGAGGCAGAUCAUGUGACGACACCAGCAACACAUGCUCUGGCCCCUCGAUCCAGACUCGGAGGUGCAGUUUAGGAAAAUGUGACCGCAGAGUUCGUCAGGAUGGUGGUUGGAGUUUGUGGUCCCCCUGGUCUUCGUGCUCAGUGACAUGUGGGGAAGGGUUGAUCACUCGCAUCCGCCAUUGCAACUCCCCUAUUCCUCAGCGAGGAGGCAAAGACUGCGAUGGCGAAGGACGAGAGACACAGAGCUGCCAGACUAAGCCCUGCCCGAUUGAUGGUGGCUGGGGCCCAUGGUCGCCCUGGGCAACCUGCUCAGCAACAUGUGGUGGGGGUUUGAAAAGUCGUGAGAGGGAGUGUAAUAGCCCUGCUCCUCAGCAUGGUGGCCGGAAAUGUAUGGGCGAUUUUAUUGACAAUGAAGUAUGCAACAAACAGGAGUGCCCCAUUAAUGGUUGUCUUUCAAAUCCAUGCUUUGGGGGAGUGGAGUGCAGCACCGUUUCUGAUGGCUCUUGGGAAUGUGGGCCUUGUCCACCAGGCUACCGUGGUAAUGGAACUUUCUGUGAAGAUGUGAAUGAGUGUAAUAUGGUGUCAGAUGCGUGUCAUAAAGUAGGUGGGCUUCAGCAGUGUGUGAAUACAGACCCAGGAUUCCACUGUUUGCCCUGCCCUCCACGUUACAAAGGCUCCCAGCCCUAUGGCCUUGGAGUAGAGUCAGCUAAAACAAACAAACAGGUGUGUGAACCUUACAACCCAUGUAAAGACAAUACCCACAGUUGCCAUAAGAACGCUGAGUGUAUCUUUCUCAGCCACAUCACUGAGCCCAUGUACAAGUGCGAGUGCCGUAUUGGUUAUGCUGGAGAUGGAAUUGUGUGUGGAGAGGACUUUGAUCUUGAUGGUUGGCCCAAUCAGGAUCUGGUGUGUGGAGCCAAUGCUACAUACCAUUGCAAAAAGGACAACUGCCCAACCCUUCCCAACUCUGGUCAAGAAGACCUUGACGGUGAUGGACAGGGAGAUGCCUGUGAUAAGGAUGAUGACAAUGAUGAAAUUGUGGAUGAACGGGACAACUGCCCACUGAUGUACAACCCUCGGCAGUAUGACUACGAUAAGGAUGCUAUAGGGGAUCGGUGUGAUAACUGCCCCUAUGAGCCCAACCCUGCUCAGACUGACACAGACAACAAUGGUGAAGGAGAUGCCUGUGCUAUUGACAUUGAUGCAGACGAGAUUCUGAAUGAGAAAGACAAUUGUCCCUUUGUUUACAAUACUGACCAGAAAGACACAGAUUUGGAUGGUGUUGGGGACCAGUGUGAUAACUGCCCACUCAUCCACAACCCACAGCAGACGGAUGUGGAUAAUGAUUUGAUUGGAGACCAGUGUGAUAAUAACCAGGACAUAGAUGAGGAUGGCCAUCAGAAUAACCUGGAUAACUGUCCCUAUGUUGCCAAUGCUAACCAAGCAGACCAUGACAAUGAUGGUAAAGGAGAUGCCUGUGACUAUGAUGAUGACAAUGACGGAAUUCCUGAUGAUCGGGACAACUGCAGGCUUGUGCCUAAUCCAGAUCAGAUGGAUGAAAACGGAGAUGGCCGUGGUGAUGCCUGUAAAGAUGACUUUGACAAUGACAACAUUCCUGACCUCUUCGACGCAUGCCCAGAGAACAAUGCCAUCAGUGUUACGGACUUCAGGAAGUUUCAGAUGGUGCACCUGGAUCCCAAGGGAACCCUUCAGAUCGACCCCCAUUGGGUGGUGCGAAACCAGGGCAAAGAAUUGGUUCAAACUGCUAACUCUGACCCUGGCAUUGCAGUCGGCUAUGAUGAGUUCAGUGCCGUGGAUUUCAGCGGAACCUUCUAUGUGAACACGGAUCGGGACGAUGACUACGCAGGUUUUGUGUUUGGCUAUCAGUCCAGUCGACGCUUCUAUGUGGUCAUGUGGAAACAGAUAACACAGACCUACUGGGAGGACAAGCCAUCGAAGGCCUUCGGUAUCUCUGGAGUCUCACUCAAAGUUGUCAACUCCACCACUGGCACGGGAGAGUACCUGCGCAAUGCACUCUGGCACACAGGCAACACUAAAAACCAGGUACGAACACUUUGGCAUGAUCCAAAGAACAUUGGCUGGAAAGACUACACUGCGUACCGCUGGCAUCUUAUCCACAGACCCAAGACUGGUUUCAUUAGGGUUGUAGUGUAUGAAGGCAAGCAGAUCAUGGCAGACUCUGGGCCUGUCUAUGACAAGACAUUUGCUGGUGGUAGACUGGGGUUGUUUGUAUUCUCUCAAGAGCUUGUCUUCUUCUCUGACCUCAAAUAUGAAUGCAGAGACAACUGAUUUUGAUACUCUAUACCUCCUGCCAUUGACUGAAAUCUAAACCCAGAACAAGAGUUUCAGACCAGUCUUCUGAGAACAUCUGCAGUGUUUUUCACUUUAUUAGAAUGCACAGAUUUAUGAACUCCAGGGGCCUUCGACGGUGAAACUGACUCCAUUUUGGACAACCAAGAUAAGGAGUUAAAGUUACUACAUUCCAAUGUAUUUCUUUAAAUGCCUCUCAGCUUUGUUGCACAAGUACCCUUCAUGAUACCAAAUUAAGUCCUGUCUUCUUGAAUAUAAACCUAAGGGUUUGAAUAUUAUCUUUUAAAUUUUUUAUUAUUAUUAUUGUAGCCUUGUAGUCUUUUUGUAUGUGUUAUAUUAGUCAUUUUAAAGAGUAGUUUUGCAUUGGUUACAAGUGUUGAUUUGAGAUGUAUGAUAUUCAGAAUAAUACUGUUUCAGUGGUAACUUAUUUUUCUGUUGUGCAAGUUUAUGAAUUAACAAGUUAUUUUUGCUUUUGCCAAAAAUUGUAAAUACUUAUUUAUUAGUUUUCACAGACAUUUAAAAUUUACAGGUGAAAUGUAAAAAUCUUAUACAUCUGCCUUUAAAAUGUAUUCCCUAUUAGACAUUAAGGUAUCUGAAUUAUAGUUCUUAACAGUAGUGAACCAUUAGACAUUUUUUGUGUUAGUUACAAUGCUUUAGUUAAACAGGCUUUAAAUUCAGCAUUUUUAUUGCCAGGUAAUUCCUACUAAUUUUUCAUGUAUUGGGAUAGAAUUGAACUUGAUAUGAAAAUAAUUUCAGUGGUUUGCUGUCGAAGAAGUUAGAUGUGUUUAUUUAACAGAAUGAUGUCUAGCAAGAGCAAAAGAAGAUGUAUGAUGUGUUUGUACUUGACGAUAAUGUGAAUAUAUACAGAUGAGUGACAAAUUAAUGGAAAAAACGUUGUUUAAUGUGUCUUUCCUUUAAUUUGUUACCCAUCUCUAUAUGUGGUUGGAGGUGGUAUUACUACUACAGUGUUCCAGUGAUAAAUUGACAUGAUGUUUCCAUACAAAUUAGUGUUACACUACUUUGGUGUAUAGUUUAAAAGUUGGAAAUUGUACAAGGCCAAAUGAAUUUCAAGCAAGACAUACCUCAUUUUUCCAUGAGUAUCAUGAAUCUGUUUAUAAUAAAGGAAAGUGUAGAUGUAGCCUGCCUGAUGAAUGGUCUUUAGCUGAUCACGUAGAGUCAGUUCCCUCUAAUCAUUUUUGUGUAAAGCACUAGUAGACACCACAGAUUGUAUUUGCAAAAAUAAACCACUAGAAGUAAAAAAAUAAGUCAACAAUAUCCAUCACAUACCAUCAAUUUCCAACAGUUUUUUGUUUUGUUCUGUGAGUUAUAGUGAAGUACCAUGUUCUUUUUUCUUUUUUAAUGAACAUAAUUACACUCAUUUUAAAAAUAACUUAAUGACUGAUCUAUUGUCAGUGGAUAUUUCCUUUAACUUUGCUGCAUGUGUGCCUACAAUGCCUUAACCAGUUUCAUAUUUUGUAUCACAUUCCAAUUCCUCUACAUUGUAGAGCUAAAUGUUGUCUUUUUUAUGGAUAUUAAAACAGUUUUGGUUUUUUUUGCAAACUUGACAUGUUUGAAAUAAAUACAUUAUUAAAAAAAGGUUAAUAAAAAUAUA